CGCCUCACCGCUAGGGUGCGAGCGCCGCGUGCCGGAGGAGUCCGAGCCAGAGACAGCGAGAUACAGAUCCGUGUGGAGCGAGGACACGGAGCGUCCCGGAGCCAGGCGUCAGCAUGUUUCCAUCCCUGGGGCAUGACCAUGCAGCUAGGCCUGGCCCUGGUGCUAGGGGUGGCCCUGUGCUUGGGAUGUGGCCAGCCCCUGCUGCAAGCCCCUGAACGCCCCUUCUUGGUGCUGUGGAAUGUGCCCUCAGCACACUGUAAGGCCCGCUUUGGCGUGCACCUGCCACUAGAGGCCCUGGGCAUUGCAGCCAACCGUGGCCAGCGUUUCCACGGCCAGAAUGUCACCAUCUUCUACAAGAACCAGCUCGGCUUCUAUCCCUACCUUGGGCCGAGGGGCACAGCUCACAACGGGGGCAUCCCCCAGGCUGUGCCCCUUGACCGCCACCUGGCACGGGCUGCCUAUCAGAUCCGCCACAGCCUGCAACCUGGCUUUGCUGGCCUGGCAGUACUGGACUGGGAGGAAUGGUGUCCACUCUGGUCUGGGAACUGGGGCCGCCGCCAGGUCUACCAGACAGCCUCCUGGGCUUGGGCACAGCGGGUAUUCCCCAACCUGGACCCCCAGGAGCAGCUCUACAAGGCCCGUAUCGGCUUUGAACAGGCAGCCCGUGCACUGAUGGAGGACACACUGCGGCUAGGCCGGGCACUGCAGCCCCAUGGGCUCUGGGGCUUCUAUCGCUUCCCAGCCUGUGGCAAUGGCUGGCAUGGUACAGCUUCCAAUUACACGGGCCACUGCCAUGCAGCCACCCUUGCCCGCAAUACCCAACUGCAUUGGCUCUGGGCCGCCUCCAGCGCCCUCUUCCCCAGCAUAUACCUCCCACCCAGGUUACCACCUGCUCACCACCACGCAUUUGUCCGAUACCGCCUGGAGGAGGCCUUCCGUGUGGCCCUCGCUGGGCACCCACAUCCCCUGCCUGUCCUGGCCUAUGCCCGCCUCACACACCGGAGCUCUGGGAGGUUCCUGUCCCAGGAUGAACUUGUGCAGACCAUUGGUGUGACCGCUGCACUGGGGGCAGCCGGCGUGGUGCUCUGGGGGGACCUGAGCUUCUCCAGUUCUGAGGAGGAGUGCUGGCAUCUCCAUGACUACCUAGUGAGCACCCUGGGCCCUUAUGUGAUCAACGUGACCAGGGCAGCCAUGGCCUGCAGUCACCAGCGGUGCCAUGGCCAUGGCCGAUGUGCUUGCCAAGACCCAGGACAACUGGAAGUCUUUCUGCACCUGGAGCCAGAUGGCAGCCCUGGAGAUUGGGAGUCCUUCAGCUGCCGUUGUUAUGCGGGCUGGGCUGGCCCUACCUGCCAGGAGCCCAGGCCUGAAGAAGCAACAAAGCCAGGAGUCACCUGCCUCUGACCUUCAUGUUCCUGCUGCCAUCUUUCCAGUCCUGGAGGGAAGACUUUGUCCCACUCUUGUUCUACUUAGCUUACAGUCACUUCUCCCAUGCACAUACCCCACUUCCCAUGGGAUCCCUGGGGAGUGGAAGAGGCCAGAAAAAAACAUACUGUUUUAAAACUAGACGCCCUCUGAGAUCACCUCAUCCCUCCUGACAAGAAAGCAGCCCCAGGAAGAGUCGGUGUUCCAGAAGGUUAAGGUUGCCAGCCCAGGGCUCUGUUCUACACUUCACUGCGUCCAUGGAAUGGUCACAGGAGACCCGUCCAGGGGCAGGUGGGCCCCUGAGGAGAUCUUGGCUAAGGUCUUUAAGUGCUAAGCUGUUGUCUGUAAUCUGCUUUCAUCAUAAAGUUACUUUUUCUUUCA